GAAGGCUACAAGUUUUCAAAUUCUCUAGAUAAACAACAAAUUGCAACAUGUGUAAUAAAUAAGAACUUGGCUUCUUGGAACAAACAUCUACCAAGCUGCAAACCGAUAACUUGUCCUGAACUAACUGAAUCAACAAAUGCUUUUAUGAAGUACGGAGGGAAUUUCUACGGAAACGUUACAACAUUUAAGUGUCCGUCGGGAUUUAUACUGCGAGGUUCUGAUAGCAUAUUUUGUCAGGAUGAUGAAACGUGGUCGGGACCGCUACCAUCGUGUAUCAAAAAACAAUGCCGUCCAUUAACAUUUUCAGGACAUGGCACAAUGCACCCCGAAAAAAAAUCCAAGCCAUUUGAAUACGGUCGUACUGUCUACUAUAGCUGCAACAGUGGCUACAUUUUAAAAGGGUCCGUAUUGAGAAAAUGUCAGGCAUCAGGACGAUGGACUGGAACCCAACCAGUGUGUCAGCACGCGUGCGCAAUGGUUAAUUGCGCAGCGGCUGAAAAGUGCGAAUUUAACAGCAAAACAAAAGCAGGGGAAUGUCGGUGUUUGGAGAGAACUGACUGUCCUUCCGAUCGUGAUCAAGUUUGUGGAUCUGACGGCGUUACGUACCUGAACGACUGCGUAAUGAAAGUGUCAGCCUGUCGAGAGAACAAGAACGUUAGCAGUGUAGGAGAGAGAGACUGUCUUUUUGCUGGGAAGUGCAGCGGUUCUAAACCUGCGUCACCCGAUGGCGUCACAUGUAGAGCGCACAUAUUUAAAUACUGGUUCAACAAGAAUACCGGGCAGUGUGAACAAUUUGCCUACGGAGGAUGCUAUGAAGGAAGGAACCACUUUUACACUCAAGACGACUGCGAAACCGCAUGCAUUAAUGACGAGAUUUGUAAACUACCACUUGAUGUCGGAAAAUGCAAUUUUCAAAACAAAACUAGAUGGUAUUACAACCCUUCAUCUGAGAAGUGUAAACCAUUUCAGUACGGAGGAUGUUUUGGUAACGAGAAUCAUUUUGCAAGCCAAAAUCAAUGUCGGAAAAAAUGUUGCGAAUGUCCCACAAAAAUCGCGAAAAAAAUUGCAAGCAAACAGAACGACGCGCUCAUUGUUAUUCGCGUUAAAUCGCCAAAGUUAACUGAUGGCAAGAAAGUCACAUAUGAAGUCAAAGUGUCGGAUAUUUGCAAAUCGAACAGUGGGGCGCCCAGAUGGCUCAAAGCUGGAAACCUCCUUACUUUGUCUGUAAACGAAGAGCAGAACAAUGAUAUCAGCUGCCUCUGUCCAAAUUUAGUGAGCGGAAGAUCGUACAGAAUGGGAGUCAAUUUGGGAUCCACUUCUAAAACGAUUGAACUACCGAUGUCGUUUUACCUAAAAGUGGGAACUACAUGCUAACAUCCACAACGGAUGUGUUGGAACUACAACUAGUUUAAGACUGACUGCAUCAAUUUUUCUUUGUGUUUGUAUAACUAGUGUGUUUGCAUAGACAGUGAAAGCUGAAGCAACCACUUGAUAGCUAACAUAGAAAAAAUUUCAUUGUUAGAGACAGAAAAUUAGAUUUUCUGAAUUCUGUGUGUAUGUGACUGCACUUUUGUAGAUUUGCAGUUUCUAGUGAACACGUACAGUCUGAGCGUGAAGCGCCUGACAG